UUCAAAGUAAUGACUUUUAGCGGUCAAGGAAUAAUGAUGAGCAAUAAUUAUUUAACGUUUGACAAAGCAAGCAAGUUGUCGUUUUUGUAAUAUAAAAUUAGUGUGAAGAAGACAAGGGGACAGCCUCUGUCAUUUCCAAAUCUCGAUACUUUUCUUCCCGCUUUCAGAGCUACUCUACUGAUCUUAGGAUCACAGAGACUCUUUGUCCAAUAUUCUUACCCUCACAAAAAAUAUAAAAAUAAAAUAAACCCAAUUCAUCAUCUCCGAUAAGAAUCCUAUUUGUUAAUUACUAUUCAAUACAAUUAGCUGCCCGAUAUGCAAAAUGACAAACAGGGAGAAAGGGAUUUCACGAAUACUGUUCAGCAGAUUCAAACUCUGCAAAAGGGUUUCCAGAACUGGUCUAUUGUUUCGUUAAUGGUUGCUCAAUGGAGAAUGUAAAGUUAGUUUUGUUGCUUUUAUUCGUCUUCUUUUGGUUGCAUAUCACUAACAUAGAAGCCUCUAUCAGUCUUCUCUCUCCUAAAGGUGUUAACUUUGAAGUGGCUGCGUUGAUGGCGGUGAAGAAGGAGAUGAGAGAUGAGAGGCGUGUAAUGGAUGGGUGGGAUAUCAACUCAGUUGACCCUUGUACUUGGAACAUGGUUGCUUGCUCUGCUGAAGGUUUCGUCGUUUCACUUGAAAUGGGGAGUAUGGGAUUAUCUGGGAUGCUUUCGCCCAGUAUUGGAAGCUUGACUCACCUUAGAACAAUGUUAUUGCAAAACAAUCAGUUAUUUGGCACCAUCCCGGUUGAGAUUGGAAAGCUUCCAGAGCUUCAGACUCUUGACCUUUCGGGUAACCAGUUUACAGGAAAUAUUCCAAGUUCCUUGGGAUUUUUGAGUCAUCUAGGCUACUUGCGGCUCAGUAGAAACAAGUUAUCUGGCCAGAUUCCUGGACAUGUUGCAAAUCUUAGCGGUCUUUCAUUUUUGGAUUUAUCUUUCAACAAUCUCAGUGGCCCCACGCCAAAAAUACUAGCCAAAGACUACAGCAUUACAGGGAACAGCUUUCUUUGCACCUCCACAUCUGUUCAAAUCUGCACUGAUGUCUCGAAGCCAUGGAAUGACACAGGUUCGUCUCCAAAAGGUGGUAGUCAGCAUCGAUGGGUGAUUUCUCUUAUCAUAGCCAUCAGUUGCAUAUUUGUUGUUUCUGUGAUGCUACUAGUCUUUUGGGUGCAUUGGCACAAAUCUAGUCUGCCCUUUAUAUCAUAUGUACAGCAAGAUUUUGAAUUUGAAAUUGGCCAUCUGAAGAGGUUUGCAUUUCGUGAAUUGCAAGUUGCAACCAAUAAUUUUAGUCCUAGAAAUAUCCUAGGGCAAGGUGGAUACGGUGUGGUUUACAAGGGAUGUCUUACCAACAAGACAGUUGUGGCAGUUAAGAGGCUGAAAGAUCCAAAUUACACUGGAGAAGUGCAGUUCCAAACUGAAGUUGAAAUGAUUGGACUGGCUUUGCACCGAAAUCUCUUGUGUCUGUAUGGAUUCUGUAUGACACCCGAUGAGAGGAUGCUUGUGUACCCUUACAUGCCGAACGGAAGCGUUGCUGACCGCUUGAGAGAGACUGGUCGGGAAAAGCCUACUCUGGAUUGGAACAGAAGAAUGUGUAUCGCCCAUGGGACUGCCCGUGGACUUCUAUACCUGCAUGAACAGUGCAAUCCAAAAAUAAUUCACAGGGAUGUCAAAGCUGCAAAUAUUUUACUUGAUGCAAGUUUUGAAGCAGUAGUUGGUGAUUUUGGUCUUGCUAAGUUGCUAGAGAGAAGGGAAUCACAUGUCACUACCGCAGUUCGAGGCACUAUAGGACAUAUUGCACCUGAGUAUCUUUCAACUGGACAGUCCUCUGAUAAAACUGAUGUCUUUGGAUUCGGCAUACUUCUUUUGGAACUCAUAACAGGGCCAAAGGCAUUGGAUGCUGGAAAUGCUCAGGUACAGAAAGGAAUGAUUCUUGACUGGGUCAGAACUAUGCACGAGGAUAAGAGGCUAGAAGUGCUAGUUGACCAAGAUUUGAAGGGAUGCUUCGACGCAGUGGAGCUGGAAAAAGCGGUGGAAUUGGCUCUGAAGUGUACAUGUUCAAAUCCUAGCCUGCGGCCAAAGAUGUCAGAAGUUUUGAAAAUCCUGGAAGGUCUUGUCGGCCAUUCAGGAAUGGAAGAAUCACAAGGCCAAACCGGAUCUGAGGAAAGGGCUUAUAGUUUUUCAAGACAUUACAGUGACCCUUGUGAAGAAUCCUCCUUUAUAAUUGAAGCAAUGGAGCUCUCUGGACCUCGGUAACAGAGUAUGGUUUUGUUAUUUAGCAUUUACCUGUAAAUUAGUUUUGGAUUUACUCAAAUCUACAAAGCAAUAGCAUUCAAAAUUUGCUAUUCAGAUCCAUCCAUUAGUUAGCAUCUGAUACGCGAGAGCCAAACUCCAUAAAUUUUUGAUUGCAUUGGCUGAGAUUCAUGUGUUCUCCCGCAAAAUCGGUGGUCGAAUGUGUCAUAACUUUUGUCUAUUUCUUUCCCAGUUGGAGGAUGGAGUUGGUAGUAGUAGGACCAUAGUUGAUGCACAAUCUGCUGGUUAUUGAAACA